GAGAUCGGAGGGGCCGUGCUCUACCCUGCCUUACGUCAACCUGGAUCUAGGCACAAGUUCAGUGCUCAAGGGAGAACACUAGCUCUGCAGAUCUCGCUUGAACCCCUGGGAAAUAUCUGUCUUAGAUGUUACAGAAAAGAGUGAGGGAGCUUGGGAGGGACUCAUAGUGAACCAGGGCUGCUCCCCGGCUCUUUAUGAUGCCUUAAGGUGAUUCCAGACGUGUCACCAACGACGAAGGUGAAGGAUUAGACAUGAGUCUCCCAGCAGCAGGAUUUGAGCACUUUGGAUCUGGAUAAAGACUACCAAAGGGAUAACCCCACCUCAGACCUUACUGGGGUAUGUAUUCCACAGACGUAUCCAUGGAAGCCAUUCUGAAGCUCUUUGGAGAAUACUUCUUCAAGUUCUGUAAGAUGUCUGGCUAUGACAGGAUGCUGCGGACCCUGGGAGGAAAUCUCACGGAGUUUAUUGAAAACCUAGAUGCCCUGCACAGUUACCUGGCACUGUCUUAUCAGGAAAUGAAUGCUCCAUCCUUUCGUGUAGAGGGAGGAGUUGACGGGACCAUGCUUCUCCAUUACUACUCGGACAGAAAUGGCCUGUGCCACAUUGUACCAGGCAUCAUUGAAGCUGUGGCCAAGGACUUUUUUGACACUGAUGUGGCCAUGAGUAUCCUUGACAUGAAUGAAGAGGUGGAGAGGACAGGGAAAAAGGAACAUGUCGUGUUUCUGGUUGUGCAAAAGGCUCGCAGACAGACAAGAACGGCCAAGGCCAACAGGUCACAGGGCAGUGAGGACAUCGACACAGAGCAAGAGGCUCUCAAGACAAUGCUCCUUAGGAAGAAGGAGAAAAUUUUGAACAUCGCUGUUUGCCCUGGGGAGAAAUCUCAUUGGGAUAUGAGGGGAUCUGUCAUGUCUGGAAAAGGGCCCCUCGGGGACACCUUCCGGCCUGUCUACCCCGAGAGACUGUGGAUUGAAGGAGAGGUGUUCUGCGGUGUUUUUCCUUUCCACCUUGUUUUUGACGAAACACUAAGGGUCAAGCAAGCUGGAGUGAAUAUUCAGAAGUAUGUCCCUGGACUCCUGACCCAGAAGUUUGGGAUAGAUGAGUAUUUCUCCAUCGUCCACCCUCAAGUCACCUUCAGCAUCUCCAGCAUCUGCAAGUUCAUUAACAGCCAAUUUGUCUUGAAGACAAGAAGAGAAAUGAUGCCCAAAGCAUGGAAGAGCCAGCCAGCACUCAAACUCCGGGGCCAGAUGAUCUGGAUGGACUCUCUGCGCUGCAUGAUCUUCGUGUGUUCUCCAAAGCUCCGCAGUCUGCAAGAGCUGGAGGAGAGCAAGAUGCAUCUCUCCGACAUCGCUCCCCACGACACCACCAGGGAUCUCAUCCUCCUCAACCAGCAGAGGCUGGCCGAGAUGGAGUUGUCCCGCCAGCUGGAGAAGAAGAAGGAGGAGUUGCGAGUCCUCUCCAAGCACCUGGCCAUCGAGAAGAAGAAGACAGAGACCUUGCUGUAUGCCAUGCUGCCUGAACACGUGGCCAACCAGCUCAAGGAGGGCAAGAAGGUGGCUGCAGGGGAAUUUGAAACGUGUACAAUCCUUUUCAGUGAUGUGGUAACAUUUACCAACAUCUGCGCGGCCUGUGAACCUAUCCAAAUAGUGAACAUGCUGAAUGCAAUGUACUCCAAGUUUGACAGGCUAACCGGUGUUCACGAGGUCUACAAAGUGGAAACAAUCGGCGAUGCUUACAUGGUAGUAGGCGGAGUACCAGUGCCUGUUGAGAGCCAUGCCCAGAGAGUCGCUAAUUUUGCUUUGGGGAUGAGAAUUUCUGCAGAGGAAGUGAUGAAUCCUGUCACUGGAGAGCCCAUCCAGAUCAGAGUGGGAAUCCACACGGGACCCGUCUUAGCAGGUGUUGUGGGAGACAAGAUGCCUCGGUACUGUUUGUUUGGUGACACUGUCAACACAGCCUCUAGGAUGGAGAGUCACGGGCUUCCCAGCAAAGUGCAUCUGAGCCCCACGGCCUACAGAGCCCUGGAAAACAAAGGGUUUGAAAUUGUCAAGAGAGGGGAGAUCGAAGUGAAAGGGAAAGGCAAAAUGACCACGUACUUUCUGAUCCAGAACCUGAAUGCCACCGAGGACGAGAUCAUGGGGCGACCUACAGCUCUCACCCAUCAGAAAGUGUCUGAAGAAGUCACCCCUGCUGGGAGCCCUGUGGCCAGGCCAGACUCCACGGACGCAGCCAGUGGCCAGCCACCGCCAGAUCAGACCAAGACAAGUUUCCCUGCUAGUGGUCCCGUGCCAUCUGUCUUCUGUGUUGUUUUGUGAUCAGGAGAAAAAGUGAACCUAUGUGGCGCAUUUCUUUUCAUCAAUGGCAGCGAAGAAAAUUAACUUAGAAUAAUUUGGAAGUCCAAAAUGUUUCCGAUUGCAUCUCUUUCUGCCAGGUUUGGGAAAUGCUUUGUAGUCACGGGUCACGGCCAGCCACAAACGGGCUGGAGCUGUGUCUGUCCUAGAUAUUGACUUGGCCUGUGGGUCUGUUGCUGUUUGCUUGCUCUCAGCUCCACGGCUUCCCAAUCCCUGCCUCUGAAUCGGUGUCCUAGGGCCCAUCUUCACAGGAAACCCUGACCGUGGGCUCCAGCUUGCCAUUUAACUGGAAGUGGGAAGGGAAAGGAGGAGAAGCUGGAGAAGAGAGGUCCAGAUCCUGCAGUUUCUAAACUGUUACCCACUAUGACGGCGGGCUGGAGAAGGCACUGGGCUGGUGAGAGGAAGCUAUUUUACUUUCCGGAUGCUCCACACAUCACCCUGGAGCCGCCAUUUAUCCUA